GGAAAACCUUGUGGAUCACUGCGGUCGCCAUCAUGAUACUUACAGGUCAGACUUCCGACUCCCCUGGCAUGAUAGGUGACUAGGAAUUAACCAGCAGGUCAUGUCCAGCGAUCUUGAGUUGCAAAUUUCUACCCUUCGCAAGUCGCGAUGGGUCAACCUCUCUGGACUCGUCGAUUGUGCUACGAAACGUCUUUCGAAACCCACAUGCCAAUCAAUCCAACUUCUUGGAAGGGGCAGCUACAAUACCGUCUACAAACUGGUCUUCGGUGAUGGCACCGAGAUCGCGGCAAGCGUGUCAGUGCAUGAUGAGGAAGACUUUAAUCCCCAGGCAAAGCUGUCUGAAAUAGCCACCAUGCAGUUUGUCCGCGCAUCCGGCUCGUAUCCAGGUAUCCAAGUCCCACAAGUCCACGCUUGGGACGUCACAUUUUCUAAUCCAGCUGGUGCACCGUAUGUUCUCAUGGAUGUCGUCCACGGACGAAAGCUGGACAAUUUCACCAACGAUGACAACAAGCUUCGCGGUCUGGAUGGUAUGUCAGAAGUGCAGCAACUAGCCGUCACCAAAUCUCUGGCAAAGCUACAAUCUACUUUGUCAGCACCUGUACCAUUUGAUAAGAUCGGUAGCAUUACCCUCGAUGACGAAGGAAGCUUUAUCAUAGGACCACUCUUCACUAUCACACAGCAGAAUCUUGGGGGACCAUAUCAAUCCCUCAUGGAUCUCUGGAGGGCCCGACUGGAGCAUGACAUCUUGCAUGCUCUAAGGGAGUGGUCUAGGCUUGAGGCGGAGCAGCUUUCUCAAUCCCUCUCAGAGCCCAAAUGCACCCCUCAAAUUUUUUCUGAACUAUUACAGCUUCUCUCCUCGCUCAUACCUCACUUCGUGCCUCCAUCAUCUUACCUCCCCUUGGUCUUACACCAUCCCGACCUCGCACUUCGCAACAUUUUUUUGAUCCAAUUGACGACACGAAGAUUGUAGGGCUCAUAGAUUGGGGAGGCGCACAGAUUCUCCCUCUUAUACUCACUGCCAAGUUCCCAGAUGACUUGAAUUCGACCGGAGAGGAUCCUUGCGAGAGACCGGGGAUCCCCGAUG